CGUUCAUCAAAUAAGGUAUAGUAUGGCUUCAGUGGAGCAACAGGGUGUAAAUGACAAUAAUUUUAUUAGAGAAACUGCUUUAAAUGGCGACUAUUCUCAAACUACGGCCACUAUAGAUUUGUCUGAUAAUUCUUCUUUCACUAGAAUGGAGGAUAUGUUAAGAGUUGCUACGGAUUUACAAAAUAAUUCAACGCAUUCAAAUUCCCCACAAAGUAAUCGAAAUGAAAGUUUGCCCUCUGGAAGUAGUAAUAAUGUUAUGGUUGAAAACAAAGGCACUUCUCUAGUGCAACCUAAUACAUCAGCAAGAAUGGAGAAUCUUAAGAAAUGGAGUAUAUCAACAUAUAAAUGUACAAGACAAGUCCUGUCGGAAAAGUUUGGUAAGGGAUCAAAGACAGUUGACGAAGAAUUGGAAAGCCAGGUUGCUGUUCUUAAAGAUACGCAAAAAAAAUAUAUGAGUCUUUUACGUGUUGCAAAGCAGCUUACACAACAAUUUUCUGUUGUGUUGGGGACGCAACGUAGCUUGGGUGAUGUUUUUAGUGAGUUAGGUCUAAAAACACCUGAAUUGCAUGAUGAAUUUAAUUACAAUGCAGAAACUCAAAAGACUGUGGCUCGUAAUGGAGAAACUCUUCUUGCUGCAAUGGAAUUCUUCACAGCCAGUUUGCAAACACUUUGUUCAAAAACAUUUGAAGAUACCAUGGUUACAGUUAAGGCAUAUGAUGCAGCUCGACUUGAGUAUGAUGCAUAUAGGUCGGACCAUCAAUAUUAUUCUCAAACAACACCAACGUCAUCUGCGGCAACAUUUAAAGCAGAGGAAGCAAAGAAAGUUUAUGAGAAACAGAAAGAAAAAUUUGAGAGAAUAAGAAGUGACCUGACAAUCAAGUUGAAAUUUCUUGAAGAAAAUAAGAUAAAAGUUAUGCAAAGACAACUUUUACUAUUCCAUAAUGCAAGUGCAGCAUAUUUCUCUGGAAAUAAACAAGCUCUUGAAAACACAAUGAAAGAAUUUCAUGUGAAAAUGUCAAGCAAAGAAAAUCCUCCAUCCUUUAUUGAGAAAAAAUAACUUAAACCAGUAAACCUGGAACAUUUGUCUUAACAUAAACCAAUGUGUUUAGUAGUAUGGAGUCUAUCUUUGAUGAUACUUUGGUGGUAAUGUUCAUUUUGAAAUUUUCUUUCCAUAAAAUAUAUUUCUUUCUUUCUCAUUUCCUAUUUUAAGCAUUGUUUUUCUGUAUGUUUAACUGUAAAAGAUAGUAAAUAUAUUAAACUAUGUGUUGCAAGAUGUGUUAUGUGCUAAAAUUUAUAUAAAAUCUUAAAAAUGUAAUGUUUAUUAUACAUUCGUUAAAAUUGUUAUAUAUCUCAGUACAAAUGAAGCUCUUAACAUGACAACAUUCUUUGAUGGCUAACAUAA